AUGGGCAGAGGAACCAAGGUGCAGAGGAGCUGGGACCCUCCCCAGGCAGGGAGAGCCUGCUCCAAGCCUCCAUCCCCUACAAGAGCCACCAGGGGCUUGGCACUGGUGCAUGCGAGGAUGGUGUUCUCAGGCCCAGAUGCCAUACGUGAUCACAGAACAAGGAGGGCUGAACACACUCACUACACAGGAGAGACAUCUCCAGCAAUAGAGGGUACCAGUGAUGCUAACUACUUGUGGCGGCCAGCCUCCUGUUCACGUGCACCACCUCGCAGAUCUGACUGCCCUGGAGAAACUGGGUGGGGUGUGAGAGAGCUCAGCCAUUUCUCCAGGAAAAAUCUCCAGAGCGGAGUGCAGAUCAAGAGAGGACCCAUUUGGCAGUCUGCUGAAGAUCAAGCCACACACCAAUACCAAAGUCCAUGGCAGCCCACUCCCUACGUUCUCAAACAACAAGGCUGCAGUCCACAGGCCAGGCUCGCCUGGGACUUGGGCAUAUAUGAAGGCUACCUUCACCCACACAGCAAAUGGGCAGCUGUGAUUCAGGCAGCCCAGUCACCAGCACUUCCCAAAUCAAAAGGUGAAGUGUUUUCUCCAUUAGAAACACACCUGAAAAGUUAA